AUGAGCGACCAGGAGGUGGAUGGCGGGGAAGCGUCACACGGUGGCUACAGCCCGCCAGCGUGGAGGCGCCUCGCCAACGGCGACCGCAGCAGCGGCUUCUGGCGCAAGGCUAAUUCGCGUCUCAACGCUAUCGACCCGCUCUUGUUAAGCGGGUUCGGUGGUCUCGGCGGCGGAUUAGGGAAUGGCGGGUGGUCAAGAGAUUUCGAAACUAGUCCCGAGUAUGAUAGCAUGAAUGAAGACGAUAUGGACCAGGACGCAAUCUUGCAGAAAGCCAUCAGGACAAGACUACCAACGGGAAGCCUAAGUCCCGAGAAGGAGAGGAGUCCGGAACCAGAGUAUGCGCGGCGUCAGCAGUUGCAAAAGCAGGCCGAACGCCAACAGCAGCACCAAAGGUUGGCGCCGGUGAUCGAGGAAGACGAUGUCAAGAUCAAGGAAGAACCGAUGGAGGAGGAUGCGGGCAUGGUUUUGAGGGGGUUACCCCGUAAGGGCCCUGAUAACUACUUCCGCUUUGCGGUCAGGGCAGAAGUCCAUCAACGCACAGAACCCAUUGAAACAGCCGUCACUUUUUUGCGCAAAUGGCUCGGCCCGUUGACCACCUCGUGGUCUUCCAUGUUCCUGUCGGGCCUCGUAGCCAUUCUUUCCUAUGCCGCCAUGCGCUCGCUCUUUCAGCCGGCGUCUAUGAGCCCCGUGCCUGAUCUCGUCAAGGUGGCCGGUGUGGCGCGCUCCUUUGAGCCGCUCAUUUACUACUCCGAGAAUGGCAUUCAGCAAGUGGGCGACCUGCAAGCGACCGGCGUGGCGGUAUGGGAUCUAGGCGAGAGUGUUCGCAGCAGUAACCUCACGUCGGCACCUAUCAUCGUCAAGGAGCUGGACGAGUUGAGCGAAAGUCUCAAAACGCUGGCUAUUGAACUAACUAAAUUCUUCGCCAACGUAGACGGUGACAUCGACGGCAUCCUAAUAGUAAUGGACUGGGCCCGCCGCGAGCUCUCCCAACUCCAACACCUCCCUUCCCCGCCUCUUUCCUCCUUCUUCGACAACGUCCACAACCUCCUCUCCGCCUUCGGCAUCCUCGAAGACCCCUCCACCUCGCAACCCACCCGCCUCGGUCUCAUCGCCACCUCCCUCUUCGGCCCUUCCACCCCACAGCGCACAAGGACCACUCUCCAGCGCACCUUCAACGAGUUCCUUGCCGUUCUAGAAGAAGCCAUCACCAACGAACUGCAGCACUCCCUAGCCAUCUUUGCCCUCUUCGAAGCCAUCGACCACCAAUUCCUGAACCUCGCGCGCACCGUCGUCCGCGAAAGUUCCCUGCAGGAAGAACUACACGCAGAUCUACUGUCCUCUCUCUGGACCAGAAUUCUUGGCGCCAAAGCGAGCGAUAUCCAGAAAUACGAGCGGAACCGCCUCCUUCUGCUAAACGUCCGGGAAAAGACGGUGCGCAACAAGGGGAUCUUGGUGGAACAUAACCAUAAGCUCCUGGCGCUGAAAGCGUCCCUGGAGAAUCUGCGGCGGAAACUGGUGUCUCCGCUGGUUAGAAGCGUGAAUAGCUCGACUUUGACGAUUGAUGAGCAGAUUCGGGGAUUGGAAGACGUGGGUGUUUAUCUCGAGGGCGUGAGGACGAGGCAGAAGGGGAAGCUGAUGGAGAUGUUGUAUGGUGGGGGUAGUUAUAGGGCCGGGAUUGGGUCGGACGGGGGCGGCGGGCAGGGAAGUGGUGGUGGUGGAUAUGGAGGAGGGCAGUAUGGGGAGCAGCAGAGGGAGGUGAGGUUGGUUGCUGAUGCUGGUGGUCACGGUUAUGGUUAUGGAAGUGCAAGUGGUGCGACUAGGAGUGUGCAUGAGUCGCAUAGGGGGGAACAAUGAGUAGUUAGUGUGAGGUCUGAUGAACGUUGAGUUAUGGAUGGUAUGGGUACCGUAUGGAUUGGAUUGGAUAUUAUGGACAUGGAUAUGGCAUUUGGGAAGGGAAUGGACACAAAGACGAUGGAAGGGAACAUCAGCAUACUCGGUGCUUGAGGUGUAUGGGUGUAUGGGUGUACUAGGGUGUUGGUGUUUGUGUGAACCGGAACGGGGGGAUCUUAUGGUUUUGUCUACACACUUCUGCAUCGGUUGGUUCUGGUCUGGCUUUGUGCUUUACGGUAAGUGAAAGGGGGCCGGCUGGUCUGCUUUCCAUCAUCAUUGGGAUACAUCAAUUUUCUUUUCAGGACUACUUGCUUGUCUUUCCUUUCAGUUAUUUCCUAUUGUUGUCAGCAUUAUGGGACAGUCAUUCACUCAUUUGAAUACGGAGUUAUGUGCCUUGGGUACAACGGCCGGAGAAAGGGAGUUACUCCAGGUGUUGUCACUGGUGGUUGUCUCUUUGUGGGGGCUUCAUAACCCUUUCGGACUAGUCUAGGUUUAUUACUAUGGUAGGUAGAUAGGCGUUUCACUCUGCUCAUUCAAUUCUAGUUUACUUUGAUCUUUUCUGAUCACAG